AUGGAUGAUUAUCGCUUUCCAUUGUAUUAUUACUUCCCCGAGGGAACGGUUUUGUUCGACCCGAGCUACAUCCCACCCAUGCGUGUACCCUUGGGGACGGCCUCUCAGAACCUCGGUGUGACGCUGCGCAAGUUGCUCCCCUUUGGUAGCUAUGAGGCGUACUACGAGGACUCGACCACCGGCGCCCUGCACUUGAAGUCGAUGAAAUACGUCUGUUUGUACGUCGAUAACCUUCCCGAUAGUACAACUCCCGAGGUGCUGGGUCGAUUCUUCGAAACCUUCGACUUGGUGAAGGAAGCGAACGUGUUUCGCGGUUGGGAUGGUCGUUGUAAUGGUCGAGGUUGGGUGAUGUUUGAGGACCCUAGCAAGCUUCUUCUGGUGCCUCGUGUCCUCGAGUUCUUCGCUGGUCGAAUCAUCUACACUGCACUUAGUGACCGGGAGCCGACCCCAACACGCCGGCACCCCCUGAUCACUCCGCCGCCCCGCGAGAAGGCCACGCCACCGGCUGCUGAACGCUUCGUCGCUCUACCGGAGGCGCCAAAGAGGCCCCUGAAUUCCAAUCUCCCCUUACCCCGCAGCCGGAGCUCUGCGGUGACGCCGCCGUCCCCGUCGAAUCCUCAGGGCGAUGCAUCCGCACCGACGCGCGCGAAGGCUCCUGAGGCGGUGGGGAAGGCUUCCUACCUCAUACUCCGCCUCUCUGAGGCGGAGGCCGAAGUCGCCGUGCGUGAAAACGAGCUGUGGAUUCCCCCGGAGAUGGCCCUGAAACUCCACCGAUUGGGGCCGAAGGGUGGGAUAGGGUCGGUCUUCGUCUUUGUGCUGCUUUACAACCGGAUGCUCUUUGGGUGUGCGCGCUUCUGCACCCCCCUCCCGUCCCUUAGUGAGGUGAAGAGUCCAUACCCCAUCACGUGGAUUCAUAAGUGUCUCUUUCUGCAUGAAAACGUCCUUGAUAAAGUGGGCGGACAGGCUUUGUUGAGGCUUGCAGACGGUUCUUUCGUGAAGCCGGUCCUUGCCUUGGCGCUUUUCGAGCUGUUGGACGCGCAGAAGGUUAGGAAGGGUCAGCCCAGCCCCGUGUACCCCCUCAACACCGCUGGCGGGUGGUUCGCAGCGAGGGGGCGAAGGGGCGGCGAAGGGGGGUUUGGCGUGGACGGCCGGGGGCGCGGCGGCAGGCGAGGGAGGGGCUUCCUGCACGACCCUUUCCCCGUCCAAGCGGUCCCGGAGCCGCGCAGUGGCCGUAGGCGGACUCAACUGGAAUCUGGCGACGCCGACGUUGGCGGCGCGCCUGCGGUGCCCUCGCCAAAGGGUGGGUCGAGUAUUCCGUCUCCAGCCAGUCAGCGCGCGCAGGUGGCAUCGAUACCUCGAAAUACAGAGGCUGCUUUGGGUUCGCCUAUCGGAUUAUCUGGAGGGAGCCCUGGCGAAGCCUCAUUAGGGCGACCCAACAGUUUUUAUGAGGGCUCAAAACUAUACAAGCGAAAGAAAGACGCACGCACACGUCAAGCUUCUUAG